UCCACGAGCGCCCGCCCUCUCUGGGUUGGCGCCCGGUUUCGAGGAUUCGUCGAGCCCCCGCCCCGCCUGCUGCAGCCCUGGAUGGGACGGCGGCGAGAAGUGGGAUUGACUCGGCGCUGGCGGUCGCCGAACUCAAUGUGAGUUAGAUUCCUAAGGAUGGAACCGCCAAGCUCUCUGCCUGCCAUGCUGCUCCUGCUGCUGUGCUCAGGAGCAGCUGCCUUCCGGAUAUGUGCCUUCAAUGCUCAACGCUUUGCUCAAGGAAAGGUGAACAAACCAAGAGUCGUGGACAUACUUGUCAAGAUCUUGGCUCGCUGUGAUAUCUCAGUCUUACAAGAAGUGAUGGAUGCAAAAGGAAAGGCAGUGCCUGCUUUGAUGAAUGCCUUGCACCAGUUUGAUGACCUACACAGCUACAGUUACCUCACCAGCCCUUUGCUGGGGCGUGGAAAUUAUCAAGAACGAUAUGUAUACAUAUACAGGAAUCAGAAGACUCAGAUACUGGAUUACUAUACAUAUGAAGACAUGCAUCCAGACCGACCUGAUGUCUUUGCUCGUGAACCCUUUAUUGCCCGUUUCAGCAUGGCAAACAAAGAGCUUCCAGAGCUGGUGCUGAUCCCACAACACACGAUGCCAUCCAAGGCAGAAGCUGAAAUCGAUGCUCUCUAUGAUGUUUUCCUGAAUGUUCAGGAACGCUGGGCCACAGAGGACAUGAUUUUCUUGGGUGAUUUCAAUGCAGACUGUGGAUAUGUGGCCAAGAAACGUUGGAAAGACAUCCGCCUGCGUCAGAAACCUGGCUUUCAUUGGCUCAUUGGGGACCAAGCUGACACCACUGUUCGAGAGAAGACCCACUGUGCGUAUGACAGGGUUGUGAUUCAUGGUGAACGCUGCCUAGGUGCUGUUGUGCCUGGAUCAGCUCGGCCAUUUCAUUUCCCCAAGGAAUUUGGACUUUCUGAGGAAGAGGCCUUAGAGAUCAGUGAUCAUUAUCCUGUAGAGGUGGAACUUGUCUCAUCCUGUAAAAAGCUCCAGCCGGCUAGUUUAGCUGGUCUUGUGUUGCUGAUCAUAGUUGUGAUAUCAGAUUCAAGAUGUGACAUCUGAAGAAAGAAGAUGGCUGUUGUGCUAGUCCUAGAACUAGAUACAGGUGGAGGCUUACCCAAAAGGGUACUUAUUCUCACAAGAGCGCUUGAAUCAAUUACGUUGACUCUAGGUUCAGCUUCCAUCUAUGGUGGAACAUCCAUCUGAUGUUCAGACAGUAAAUCCUGGGAAAGCCUGGGAAAUGGAUCCCUCCUCAGUCAACAGGAGUGCUGAUUUACCACCAGCUUAACAAGUAUUUAGGAGGUGAGGGCUUGACAGCACAAGAAAACAACAGCCAAUGACUUACUAGCCAGACAUUAACACCCCAGUCAACAACUAAAAAGCUACAUACAACCAGGCACCAUAUAAAUGCCACACAGAGAACAGCCCAAAGUACACACUCUACUAGAGAGAUAUUCCCUGAGGAUGAGCUCCAACACAAGUCUGAAAGCUUGGAAGACUAAACCUCUGGUCCCAGUGGCCAACCCAGAUUGGAUCCUGCAAAAGUAGGUUCUCCCCAAAGUAUCUACUUUUGGAUUGAUCCCUCUCAUCAAGAUUGGCAAAAGGACCCUUCAGGGAGUAAAAAUGUAUAAGGUUUUCUCAUUCAGUUGAGCCUUGCUUGAGCAAAGACUCUUUGAGUUUAGUUAUCUCCUCAUAUUCUCAAAUAUCCUCACAUGCUGACUUUUUGAUUCUGUUUCGUGAUUGUACUUUGGCUCAACUACCUCAGGGAUCCUGAAUACUGGAUAGCAUCUGUCUCACUCUUGCCUUCUGUCAGAAACUCAGCCUUGGUUCCAGGUUACAAAGAGGUCUUCCCUGGCCAGACACAUGAUCUAAAUUCAAAAAUUCAGCAGGACUUUCCUCAAAGAUAUGUAUGUAUUAUAGCUUGUACAUUAUCAUUGGCUGCUUUGUCGUAUAUAUUUUCUCUAUGUUCUGUUAUACAGAAAAUGGACUAACUAUCCAUUAAUAUAUGGAUUUUAAAAAAUAUCUUUCCAUUGAAGUUCAUGGGAAGAAAACGUUUCAUGCCAGUUCUGAGGCUGCUAUGAAAAUAUAUUUUAAUGGGACUAUGGAGAAAUACAAGAUGCAAUGAAAAUCAGCUCCUCUAUUGCGCUGCUGCCUCCAUCCAUAUUUCUGGAUAUUCUGAUGGAAGAUCUAAUCUGGAGAAACAAUAAUUACAGCAAACGAUUUUGCUGUAAUGUUUUGCAAGUGAUAAACAUGGCGGUGACAUAUCUUGCAUUCUACCAAUAUAGUGGAAUUUCUCCCUCAAAUGGACAAUCUCAAACAUAGAAUGUCUAUUUGGUAUCUUAAUCAAACUAACCAAAAUUUCACAAAGGCAUGUGUGUAAUACUUGGAAUUGCCUAUAACUCUUCAUCAUGUGAUGUGAAAACAAAUUAGGGUGAAAAGACAUUAAGAGCAGUAGCUCAAAAAUUAAGCUAAAUGCUAUAGAUAUGAGCUUUGCAGUUUAAGUCAGUCUGGAAGAUUGUACCAAGCUUUCUGGAACAAUGAAAUAACCAUGAUCAAAAGGAUAUGGAGAUAAAAGAAGAAAAGCAAGAACUAGUCAUUCUUUAAUUAAGCAAGUAAUGGAAAGCCAGUUCAUUUCUUUUUUUCCCUUUUAUUAAGGAGCCUCAUUUGGCCUGAAGAAUUCAGUUAAAAGAGAAAAAAAUGACAAUGAUUAGUAUUUAUAUCACAUUCUAGAAGAUGUAGAGCAUCUUACAUAUAAUAUCUUUAUAUUCCUUGAAACAAUUAUUCAUGAAGGCUUUAUUCAGCUACUUUGAAGAUGGGGAGUUGAAGCUGAGAAAAGCUUCAAUGGAAAACUAGAUCUUUAUGCAUUUAGUGCCAUCAUGUCAACAGUGAUCAUUUUACAAAUUCCAAAUUUAUGUGCAGAUUUGUCAUAAGGAGUGAACAUGGGUCUUACAUUUAUUGUCAUAAAUGCAGCAUUUAUGUGCAGAUUUGUCAUAAGGAGUGAACAUGGGUCUUACACCACAGUUGAAUUUCUAGUCGGUGUAUUCAGUUUCCGUCUUUCAUCCAAAAAGAAUGAGCAUGUGUAUUCUGUUGCAGUGGAUAACUUCAAUGCAUAUCAAGUUGGAUCCUUACCUCUUCUGAAAUUUGCAAAUAAAAAACUGUCAGCUGCUGGGGGGGGGAAUUAAGAUCUCUCCUGAUCUAACCUUUUAGUUAAACAAGUGAUCUAUGCAAAUGUAAAUAGUUGACUGACUUGCAAUCUAAUAACUGUUUCACUACCGAAUGCCAAAGAGGUUCUUAUGGCCGUGGACUUUCCAGUAUAAAAUGCGUUAAUUGGGUAAACAACUAGCAUUCAAGAUAAAAGAAUGUUGGUAUUUUCUUUCUUAUUUUUGUAAAGAAAAUAUCAGCUGGUUGGACUUUAUUCUGAAUUCUUACAGUUUCAGAAAAAUUGUACAUACCGUAAUUGUUUUAUUUGUAAAACUGGGUAUUCCUGUAUUGAAAGUUCCUUUGAUAAGAUCCUUUCUGAUUUAAAACAAAAGCCUAUUUCCUUCUGCUACAGAAGGCUUCUUUAGGAGAAAAUUCAAAUUUAGCACAUAUUUAGGUUUCUCUCAUUUCUGCUCAAUUCACUUUCUUCCGUCUUCAAUGGACAGGGUGAAUUAACUGCAUUUUCAAUAAGUGCAUUCAUGAAUAAAACACUCUGGAGACUGUUUAUGUAUACAGGUAGUUCUUGACUUACAACCAUUUGUUUAGUGACUUUUCAAAGUUAUGAUUGGUUUUCACAUGACUGUUAUAGCAUUCCCCAUGGUCAUGUGAUAAAAAUUUGAAUGCUUGGCAACUGGCAUGUAUUUAUGACAGUUGCACUGUCCUGGGGUCAUAUGAGCACCUUUUCUAACCUUCCCAGCUGGCUUCUGAUAAGCAAAAUCAAUGAGGGAAGCCAGAUUUGCUUAACAACUGCAUGAUUCACAUAACAACUGUGGCAUAAAAGUGGGUGUAACUGACUUAAUAACUGUCUUGCUUGGCAAUGGAAAUGUUGGCUUAAUUGGUCAUAGGUCAAGAAUUACCAGUAGUUUCCCUUCUUUAGUAGCCAAACAGUGAAUCUGGAUACUAAAAAAAGAGUGGACAGUGAAUAACAAGGAACGUAAACAUCAGCACAGAAUCAUGGGAAUAGGAUACCUGAUAUUUUUCUUCUUGACUCAGGGAACAUUUCAUAAAAGAAUUAUGUAUAUGUUUUGUGUGUGUAUGUGUGAUUCCAACCUAUCCCUCUGAACAGUGGGGAUUCAUUUUGUACAGUACAAAUAUUAUAUAUUUUACAGUGCAAUGUAAGCUAUACCAAUAUCUGAAAAUCAGCAGCAAAAAUAGCAUUGACAUUUACAUGUUGAAGUUCAGGUUUGCUUUAAAAAAAAAUCUAGGCCUAAAUAAGCAGAGAUAAACCCGUGAGCAGGAUUCUCCAUAUGAAUCAGUAAGUUUCCUAAGUCCUUCAUUUAUUGUUUUAAUAUGCAUCUUCAUGACAGAUCUUGUCAUGAUAAAAGAAAACUUUAGAAGGCUUUAGAUUAUUACAUUAAAAAAAAUCCUUAAUGCAUUUCUGAUGAUUCAUGUAUUUCAAUGCUUUCUGCACUUUUACCGCUCCCUAAAGUUAAGCUCAUGAUUAAGGUAGCUUUUACUGUAAUUUUAAAUUUUAACCAAAAGGGUGUUGCCAGUUAAUGGACAUUGAGGUGGAUGGACAGUUUUGUGGAUUUUAUGCACUGAUUUUAUGAUUCCACUUGUUUAUCUUAUAAAACUGGUUCAAAAAUUUUAAGAAGUCUGGCAAUAUAUAACUUUAUACUGUAUAAUACUAACUAAGGAAUUUAUAGCUAAGCUAUAAAUAAGGAGUUAUCUUCAACUGGAAUCUACUGAAACCAAACAAUGGUGCAUCAUUUAGAAAGAAUUAAAAAGAAUUAAAAAGUUGGUUUUCAACAGGAACUUUUUAAUUCUUUCUAAAUGAUGCGCCAUUUUUUGAACUGGUUUCAGUAGAUUCCCUGGUAUGUGUUGAAGAUAACUCCUUAUUUAUAGCUUAGCUCUAUUCCCAAGACUAAAUCUUGUUUUUUGACUUUGUUCUUCCCCAUUAGUUGCAGUAUUUUUAAACAACACCAUUAAUUGAAAAUAUAAUGGAAGGUUCUGUUUCGAGUUAUUCAAGAAAAUCUUGCUUGAGUAUAUAAACUGACAGCAAACAGCACUCCUCACUAGCACUGAUGAUGUUACCUAGUUUGGAUAAUGAAACAUCUGCAAGAAAACAAGCAAGCUCAAAGAGCACCAAGGACCCCUCAUUUCAACCCUGAGCUACAAAUAUUUUCCUUUAUUAGAAUUUUGCUUGAUGUGAUAACAUUUAUUGUAAGCAUGCAAGAGAGCCAGUUUGGUCUAGUGAUUAAGGCACCGGGAUAGAAACCGGGAGUCAGUGAAUUCUAGUUUUGCUUAAGCCAAGCCGACUGGAUGACUUUGGACCAGUCACUCUCUCUCAGCCCAAAGAAGGAGAUAAGGGUGAACCAGCUCUGAAAAACCUUCUGAAAAACCUGGAGAGACUAAUCCAAGGAGUCCACACUGACUUGGAGGCACACUCACUCACACAUACAUACAGAGAGAGACGGUUGGGGGGGGGGUUACAUACAGCCAUACACAUACACAUAUUUGUAAUACCAAAGGGUGUAUGCUCACAUUGUACAUGCCCAACUGCAAUUGUACAAUGAAACUGGAUUGACAAUCUUUUAUGAAAAAUCAAACUGGAUCAAUAAACGUAUUGAUUUGAAAAGGUAAA